UGGUCGGGGAACAUGGGUUCUACCAGCUGGUUCUGCCUCACAUCCGGCGCCGGCAGAACCUCAAGUACUGGCUGCACACCUCACAGAAAAUCCACCGUGCUCUGAACAUGACGUAUGAAGACGUGAAGCGUCAGCGUGCAGAGAAAGAGAAGAGCUGUAACCUGGAGAAGCCCCCACCCUCACCAGGACCCCCAGGACCCCCCGGUGUUGCGACCAGGUGGAACAACGAGGACGCCGCCGCCGUUGCUAACGACGCGCGAGACUUCAAACGAGUCCACUUCCACCUGGAGACGCUCAACACGCGGCGCCUCCUCGCCCGCAUGGCCGCCUCCGACGCCAAAUCCAAACCUGAGGGGGAGGGGCCUGCCAAACCAAACACAGGGCCAAAAUGUGGGCCAAUAUUUGGGCAAAAAACGGCGCCAAACACGGGGCAAAACAGCCGACUUGUUGCUAACGGAGGUCCGGCGGCGUCGCUAGCAAGUCUGGUGCUCUCCCGACAAUCAGCUGCCCGGACUAAUGCCCCGCCCCCUAUCGUUGUAGAUCCACCCCCUGUAGUUGUAGCCCCACCCCGUCCCGGCGAACUACAGGAACUUCAGGAAGAGAUUGAACAGAUGCGUGAAAGGCUGAGAACGGCUCUCGCUCGUCGGGCCGAAAUCCAAACAACGCUGACCAACCCUGUUGCCCCGGAGACAGACAACCUCUCAACAACAACAACAACAACAACAACAGAAGCCCCACCCACAACUUCCCCGCCCACUGUGACUCCGCCCACUGUCACUAUCGCCCCGGUAAUGCCCCUCCCCGCCAACACGAAGUGCGUGACCACCAUGACGACCCCCCCUCACAAAGUCCUGUCCAAAGUCCGGCCCUUCCAGAGCAGACUGACCAAUCAGAGGAGGUGAUGCUCUCUCUGCACAGGUCACAUGACCCUCUGCACACGGUGGCCAUUUUAAACAGCCUACAUUUUUGAAAAGUUGAACCCAGAUGUAAAAACUCAGACUAAAACUUAACGUAUUUAUUAUUUAAACAUCUCUAAUACUUUUAGUGGGUCCAUUGUCGCCCAAAAAAACAGGGGGUUGUUUAGAAGAGAAAAAAAAUCUAGUGUUUUUUUUUUCGUCACAAUCUCAAAUAAAUUACAAGUUUUUUCAAUUAAUUCACAACUUUAAUCUCAGAGUUAAUUAUAUAAAUAUCAUUUUAUGGCUCUGUAAUGUUUACAUUUUUUACCAACAAUGACAAUUCUGCGUACUAAAAUUCAGAUCUGUAGUUUAAAUUGAAAUUGGGUUUUUUGCUUAAUGCUGCUUUUGGGAGAACUUUACGUGAAAACACAAGACGGUUUAUAUAAAGUAGUUUUUAAGUAUUAAUCUUUCUUUCUGAAUGUUUAUAAUGACCACCGUGAUGCUAAAGCAGUGGUUCUCAAACUUU